ACUAGGUGCUUUUGUGCAGGGUGUACGCUGCCCAGUCAUGGUCUUAUAAAAAUACAAUACUACCGGACUAUUAGAGACUGGUGAGCCGGAUACAAGUAGCCUACCAACGAGGUAGUGACUCUUCCCAUAUCUAGAGUAAACUUCACACAGGAUGCCAGGAUCAGCACCAAUCAGUUGUUUGGGCCCAUGGCCCAAAGAUGUGGGUAUCAUUGCCAUGGAACUGUACUUCCCGUCCCAGUAUGUGGACCAGGCUGAGCUGGAGCAAUUAGACUGUGUGCCAGCUGGUAAAUACACUGUGGGCCUGGGCCAAGCUCGCAUGGGCUUCUGUUCAGAUCGCGAGGACAUCAACUCUUUGUGCCUCACAGUGGUCCAGAGGCUGAUGGAGAGGAAUGACCUCUCUUAUGACAGUGUGGGUCGACUGGAGGUCGGCACUGAGACCAUCAUUGACAAGUCCAAAUCUGUCAAGACAGUUCUCAUGCAGCUGUUUGAGGACUCUGGCAAUACAGAUGUGGAGGGCAUUGACACCACAAAUGCCUGCUACGGAGGUACAGCUGCACUCUUCAAUGCUGUCAACUGGGUGGAGUCCAGCUCAUGGGAUGGGCGUUAUGCUUUGGUUGUUGCCGGUGACAUUGCUGUCUACGCCACAGGAAGUGCCCGGCCUACAGGGGGUGCAGGUGCAGUGGCCAUGCUGGUUGGGCCUAAUGCUCCUCUGGCCUUUGAACGAGGUCUGCGAGGAACCCAUAUGCAGCAUGCAUAUGACUUCUACAAGCCAGACCUGGUGUCAGAGUAUCCUGUGGUCGAUGGCAAGCUGUCAAUAGAGUGCUAUCUAAGUGCCUUGGACCGCUGCUACUCUGUGUAUCGCAACAAGAUCCACGCACAGUGGCAAAGAGAGGGCUCAGAGAAGCGUUUCAGCUUGGAUGACUUUGGCUAUCUAGUCUUCCAUUCCCCAUACUGCAAGCUGGUCCAGAAGUCAUUGGCUAGACUGAUGUUGAAUGACUUUGUGAGCCACCCCUGCCCCAACACUGAGACGGGACCCUUCACAGGUCUUGAUGCCUUCAGAGAUGUACAGCCAGAACAGACCUUCUUUGACCGGGAUGUGGAGAAGGCCUUCAUGAAGGCCAGUGCAGAUCUGUUUGAGAAGAAGACCAAGCCCUCCCUGCUGAUCUCCAACCAGAAUGGAAACAUGUACACCCCCUCUGUCUAUGGCUGCCUGGCAUCACUCAUUUCACAACACACACCUUCACAGAUAGCAGGAGAGAGGAUUGGAGUUUUCUCCUAUGGUUCAGGAUUUGCUGCUACUCUGUAUUCUCUCAGAGUCACACAAGACCACACACCUGGAUCUGGUCUGGACAAACUUGUUUCCAGCCUAAGUGACCUGAAGGUCAGACUGGACUCAAGGAAGAAGGUGUCACCUGCUGUCUUCUCUGAGAACAUGAAGCUGAGAGAGGAGACACAUCACUUAGCCAGCUACGUCCCCCGAAGCUCAGUGGAGGAUCUUUUCCCAGGUACAUGGUACCUCACACGAGUGGAUGACAAACACCGCAGGGAAUACGCUCGAAGACCUCUGGAUGAUGACCUGGCAGCAGAGCCAGAACUUGUUCGCUCCAGCACUGCUAAUGAGCACAUCCCCAGUCCAGCCAAGAAAAUGCCUCGCAUCCCUGCAGCCACUGCUGGCCCUGAGGCUGCCAUCAGCAACUGAGAGCACUCUGGUUACCUCUGAGAGGUAUCAAGGUCCAACAGUUUAGAAACUGUAAUAACUAGACAACACUACAAGACAGAAGGCUAGAAAGAGACAACGGUGUCACCUCCAAAAUCAUUACUCAUUGAAUUUAACUAGGUUGGAGAAGCGUGUCAUGAAAGUGUACAGUGUUCUGUGAAGGCCCGUGGACAGCUGUAGCCACUCCUCAGCUACAUGUAGCCUUCCCAUUAUCUACAUGUAAUACUGUCAGACAGUAAACUCUAUAUUUGUCUAGUCUAGGGUCUAUUUUGAACACAAUAAUGAUUUGUUUUAGCAGUCCUUUUAUUUCAAUAUUAACGUUUAUACAUAUUAUCCUCUUGCAUUCGUGCAAAAUGGACAGUUAUAUUUGGGAGAAGUACAGGCAGAUGUUUGCAUAGGGUGUUGCUGAUACUGAGUUAAACAAGCAGACUUCCUCCUGGCAGCUGGCAGCCAGUGACAGGAAGAGGAAAUGGAUAUUAAUUAAUUAAUGUGGCUGCAGGCCUCCUGCUGAUUAAAAGAUUGAAGAGAAGUGGGCCUCAUCAGUAAUGUAUUAAAGUAGUGUUACUGCUGCCACAACAACCCAGUGUGAGAUGGAGUUCAUACCCCUGCUCUGCUGUUUGUGUUCAGUACUACAGUUUUCAUUGAAAGCAUGUGGUCAGCUUUCUACAGGACUCUGCAGGUUUAUUAUGUGACCAAACAUCAGGAACAGUGGGACUCAAGACUCAACAUAAUGCUCCACCCAGAGGGCUUCAGAGUCCUCUCUCAGCAUGCACAUAGUGGGUUGAGUCUCAUUUUAAACUGUUGUUGACUGCUGUAGCUGAGCUAUGCAUCCGCACAGAACAUGUAAGCUGUCCUACACUUGGUAAAAAAAAAAAUCCUUAAACAGAGGAUUAGCUCUGUUCGAGCGAUACAUGUUCAACUAAGGCUGUUCUGGAUAACACCAGUGGAAUAUGGAGUAAUCCAUAAUGAUGGAUUAUUCCAUUUGCUUUUAUUGCCAUUAAAUGUCUAAACCCAGUAAAUGAUUUGAUAGUGAGUAGCUGCUGCUGUUCUACAUCAGGUUUACUCCCCCUUCCAAAGAAUUGCUCUGAUUUUCAGUCUAUUAAGAAACCGCAUGAGAUGUACUGCAGCAUACAGUAUAAUAGGUCAUAUGUUUUAAAAAAUACUUGUUAACACUUAUUUUUUUCUGUUGAUAAAACAAAUAGUUGGUUAAUCGAUAAGUUCAUUAUCAGUAAAUGUUUAAUAAAUUAGUCAUUCAACUAAUUUAUCGAGCAAAAAGGAAAAACAUUCUUUGGUUUCAGUGUCUCAAUUGUUGUUGGUUUUUAAAAUGUUUUUUACAGAGUUGAUGAGUAGUUAGAUUGGAUAUGAUUGUCAGAUUGGAUAUGAUUGUCAGUUGCAGCCUAUCUUUUUCUACAUCUACUGCAAAACCAGAGGUAGUGUCUGUCUCACUGCUCGCACAUGUAUAGUAACACAUACUGUAACUGUUCACUAUAAUGGAGAAAGAUAGAGUACCCAGUAAGGUAGUUUAAAAUUGUGGUCCUCACAACAUAAGGAAUUGCAGUGGUCAUCCUUCAGUGUCUAUGAGCUCUUCUCAUUGUAAUGUUGCUCAGUAGUAGAACUCACAGAAGAGUGCUGUCAGCAUAAGUGGAUUUGGACAUUUCUUUCACCAGUGACACCUAAAAGAAAAAAUCAUUAAACUAGUGUCAUUCUUAAAAGUACAAUCAGCAAGAUACUGUAUAGCUUUUUAGUGCAACCCUCUCAGAUUUGACUAAAAUAUAUAUGUUGGGACAAGUUUGAAACUCUCCACCUGUUGGGAAAUAUACAGUCCUUCAGUGAGAAGUCUACUCAACUUAGGUUUACACUGUAAAUAUUUUGAGUACAAACAGGCUCAAAUUCAUCGGAGACAGAGUCCUGCAUGGGUCAAUUUUUCCAAAAAAAGUUAAAUAUUUUAGCAUGCUCCUUCCACCACCUAAAAAGGGUCUUCCUUGGGUGUCUUGAACUUGAUGUAGGCUGCCACCCCAUCUUUCGGGCUGCAAAGUUUCAUGGCUGGAGUCCUCCAUGUCCAUGUCCAUGUCGGUGACAAUUGUGGCGAGGGGGUCAAAGGUUUGAUUUGUGCCACUGACUUUCAAAAUACAAGGAGUUGAUAUUUGUACAUUACACAGCUUUUUGCGGGCUACACGUUGUGUACCCCAACCCCCCAUCCCCAGGUCAGGACUCUGAUCGGAGGAGCCACACUUCUGCCUAGAACAAAUGCAGUCUGACACAACACCACUGCAAUAAAUCUGAGGUCCAGUCUGGUGAUGUGUGCUUGCUGUUGACUUGAAUAGUCAUGCUGAAGGUGUUUAAUAUUUUGUUCACCCCAUUUAUAUGAAUGAGGGUUAACCACAAAUAUAACACCUCUUUGUGUAAUAUAGAUUAACCAUGAUGUUGAAUCAAAAAACAACUGUUUGAACACAAUCUUAAAACCUAAACUGGAAACAAAGUAUAAUAGAACCUGUGUCCUAUUAAAAGAUUUGUCUGUGUAUUUCAUUCCUUCAUAAUGCUGUGCAAGGCAUCUUAGGUUCCUGAUUUGUCCUAGAGAUAUAAUGCACCUUUGCUCCAGUUUUACAAACGUUGAACAGAGUGCAGAGGAGAUGGUUGAUAGCCGAGGGACCAAGGAGUCUGGAGCAUCCCUACCAAAUACACAGAGCUGUCCUGGCUCUGCCUUAUUAAAAGUUUGCAAGCAGCAGCAGUGCAAUGAUAUAUUUUUGUGUAAAGGGUUAGUAAAAAAAAAAAAACAGAUCGCACCAUCAAGGUGUAUAUGUUUUGUGUUAUGUUGUGAAACUACAUUGUUGGGCAGUGAUUGCGACAGUUUGACUGGUUUCUUUUCAUUACACCGAACGAUUACAGAUUCAUUGAAUGUGAAUAUGGACUGCAUUGUUCCACUUGUCUAUCCUUGUCAGUUUUAUUCAAAUGGCUGAAGUGUUGCAUAUUAAUUCAUACUAAAGCCUUAAUGUCAAAGGGCUUUAAUCGAUGAAGUUUAAGGUCAGGAGAUUGAAGUGCAGCAUAUGGAACCAAACAACUUCAUAUCUUAUGUCAGCAAAUUCUUGUUUUGUUCUCUCUGUGUUUUGUCUCAGAUUAUUUUUCCUGUAUAUCAUCGACAUUGAUUUGACAAUAGUUUCUGUCAACAAAGAACCAAAUGUUAAAAGAGAUGAGUCUCGGGCAGAAUACAUCAGCCUUAAAUUAACGGCAUUGGUCUGUGUCUGUUCCUAUUGACUGCUGGACUGGCUCCAAGACUUGCACACAGGAAUCAGAGUAUGGACAGUUGAUGACAGGGUGACGAGGUUCUUGAGAAGCCUUACAAUAAGCAUGUAUGAACUAUAAACAAAGAUUUCCUCUAAUAAUGUACAGAUAUUCUUUUUAAUGCAACAUCAGAGUUUGUUCCUCUUCUGGCCCUGCUCACAGCAGCAUCAAAAACAUGCAGCAUCAGUGACAGUUUCUGGUAUGGUUGUAACAUUAUCUGUUUGGUGCCUGCUUAUAGGGCCUGUUUCAGAGGUCACAUCAUCUUUACCAGUGUUGAUGGUAACAAACAGAUUAUUUAUGCUGUGUAGAUAUGAAUUAUGAUUAAUUUCAUCCAGUUUGUGUGGAUUCAAAUGUGAAGACUCAGAAUAAAUGGACACUCAACAUGUAA